UAUUUCUUCAUUCAUCCUCCCUCAUUACAAACAUUAACUAAUUCUGACAGUAUAAAUAACAAUACACCCCCCAAAAAAAAUGGCCAUCUCCAACCUUUCCAAAGCCAUUGUUGUCAUAAGUUCUCUUAUGGUGAUCCAAAUUUGUUGGGCAAGAAUCCCAUUUGAACAAGAAUACUUAAUACCUCAAAACAUCGCCCGCGCAGCGGUGAAUCUACCACCAUUGGUUUGGAAUGAGACCGUUGCACAAUUUGCAAGGUCAUAUGCUAAAGAAAGGGCAGGUGAUUGCAAUCUACAACACUCAGAUACCCAAUUAUAUGGUGAAAAUAUAGCAAUGAGCCCAGCAUAUUUAAGUCCAACAAGUGCUGCAGAAUUAUGGGUUGGUGAAAAACCUAAUUACGAUUAUGCAUCUAAUAAAUGUAAAGACAUGUGUGGACAUUAUACCCAAGUUGUUUGGAGGGACACUACUAGUGUGGGAUGUGCAUCAGUUAAGUGUCAUAAUGGUGGCACUUUUGUUACUUGCAAUUAUUAUCCUCCUGGUAAUUGGGUUGGGGCUAAACCUUUUUAAGUUUUGAAACUAAAUUAAUUUUUAUUAUUUUUAAAUUAAAAUUAUACUUUUUUUUGUUUUUAUAAUGUAAAUAAAUAAUUGAUUUAAUCAUUUAUGGGUGUUUAGGAAAUUUACACUCUUGUACAAAAGUUUGGUUUAAGUCUUCUUGUACAUAAAAUAGAUGUAAAAAUGCACUUCAUAAUUGUAUAUGUAAAGCAUGAAAAGAAGAAUCUACAAUUACAGAUUUUCUUCUCUAAUGAAAUGUGAAUUGUAUUUCAUCAUGACA